UCUGGUAUAGAUAUAUUGAGAUCACUGUUUUAGCCACAAUGAUUCUGCAAAUACAAUUUCUCAUCAUCAUCAUGAUGUUCAUAACAUUGCCUAUGUAUGCUCUGGCAUAUUCUGCACUGUCAUAUCCUACACUGACAUAUCCUGCAGAGACAUAUUAUACAGAAGGGCUUAUUAUAGCAAAACCUGGGUGUAGUUUCAGAUGUGGAGGUGUUGAAAUCUCUUACCCUUUUGGAAUGAAAGAUCCCAAAUGCUACGUAGGCAAGUGGUUUGAAGUAGAAUGCAGAGAAACUUCCGAAGGUCAAAAACCCUACUUAAAGUCUUUAAAUCUGGAAGUGAUAGCCCUAGGCUUGAAUUGGGUAUAUAUCAUGAAUCCAAUUUUCCGUUGGAAUUGCCCAAGCAGAAGAGCGAAGCCAGAAGUAAUCAACCUGAGAGGAAGCCCUUUUGUGUAUUCCCAGAAAUUCAACAUGUUUGUGGCCGUUGGAUGCAACAACCUUGCUUUUUUUCAAUCCAACGGGUCCACUGUUGGUUGCUGUGUGUCCAUUUGUGACGACAGUGAAGAAGUCAACGGUAACUUGGGCUCGAUAAGUAGUUGCAGUGGCAGGUACUGCUGCGAGACUUCACUGCCCAACUAUCUCUCAGAAUAUAACGCAACACUUGAAGAUUUGAACACCAAAAACAAUGACACUGGGAGUGAAAAGUGUCGUUAUGCAUUCAUUGGAUAUCGAGACUUGUACCAGCGAGAUACGUAUGGGCUUAACAGUUCGGAUUAUGUUCCUGCAAUGCUUGAGUGGGAGAUUUUGGACAACAUGCUUCACAAUUCUACCCGUCAACUCCUUUCAGAAUCAGAUCAUGCCACUUGUAGUCGCUCUAAUUUUGGAUCUUCACAAAACACAAGCACUGGUUGGCAAUGCUACUGCUUAGGAGGCUUCUAUGGCAAUCCCUACGUUGCAGGAGGCUGCACUGGUUACAAUCACAGUCUAACGAAGAACUGGGCUAUAGUAGGAGUUUCGUCAAGUCUGGGAUCUGUCAUUUUUCUCCUUGGUCUAUGGUUGUUGUAUAAGGUUGUAAGGAAGAGAGUGAUAGAGAAACGUAAACAGAAGUUCUUCAAAAACAAUGGUGGUUUGUUGUUGCAACAAAGAAUGUCAUCUAAUGAAGCUAAUGUAGAGAAAGCUAUUCUCUUUAGCUUGGAUGAUUUAGAGAAAGCCACUGACAACUUUAAUACGGAUAGAGUUGUUGGAAAAGGAGGGCAAGGCACUGUUUACAAAGGAAUGCUAGUAGAUGGUAGAAUUGUUGCAGUGAAGAAGUUUAAGGUGGAAGGAAAUGUUGAAGAGUUCAUCAAUGAGUUUGUCAUUCUCUCACAAAUCAACAAUAGAAAUGUGGUUAGGUUGUUAGGAUGUUGUUUGGAGACAGAAAUUCCCCUUCUUGUUUAUGAAUUCAUUCCUAAUGGUAAUCUUUUUGAAUAUUUGCAUGAUCAGAAGAAGGAGUUAUUACCAAUGACAUGGGAGAUGUGUUUGAGAAUUGGCACGGAAAUUGCAGGAGCUCUAUUUUACCUGCACUCAGUUGCAUCUAAACCCAUUUAUCAUAGAGAUAUCAAAUCCACAAAUAUACUAUUGGAUGAAAAGUAUAGGGCAAAAAUUGCAGAUUUUGGAACAUCCCGGGUAAUUUCUGUUGAUGCUACUCAUCUUACUACAGUUGUUCAAGGUACCUUUGGUUAUUUGGAUCCUGAAUAUUUUCACACCAGUCAAUUUACAGAGAAAAGCGAUGUGUACAGUUUUGGAGUAGUUCUUGCUGAACUUCUAACAGGCCAAAAACCAAUAUCACCAGCGAGUUCUGGAGAGUUCAAGAGUUUAGCAUCAUAUUUUGUUGAGUGUCUGGAGGAGGACAAUCUGUUUGAGAUUAUUGACAAAAGAGUUGUGAAAGAAGCAGAGAAGGGACAAAUCAUUGCCGUUGCUAAUCUUGCAAAUAGAUGCUUAGAGUUGAAUGGAAGGAAACGUCCAACUAUGAAAGAGAUCACAUUUGAAUUAGAAGGGAUUCAUGGAUUGGUUAGGAAAAGUAAUGCAGAGAAAAAAGGUGACCAAGUUGAGCUUGCUCGGGUUCAAGAUUGGCAUCCUUGGGAUGGAUAUUCUGCGUCAAAGUCAUGGGACCCCAAGGUUGUACCUAUGGAACAAUAAAAAGUAAUAGCAGUUCAUGUUCUGAUUCAUGGUUGGGAGAAACUCAUGGAUGCUUGUUCAUCUUCUUCUCCAAGAAGGGAGCUAUCAGUACUCAGUUACAGCAUUCCAUCUCAUUUUCAAAUAAUGAUGGUAGAAAUGCUUUAUAAAAUGCUUAUGUUGAAUGUUUCUGAUGUAUUUAUAUUGUCGUUUGUAGUGGUGCCUUCAUAAGCUGAGUUGUUAUUGCUAGAAGUUGAGUUUGUAGUAGGGUCUUUGUAUGUCUAUGUUAAUUUUCUUUUGAAAACCUCCACCAACUACUUUAAACACAUGGGAAUUAUAUGUUGGUUAAUAUUGAAGCUUUUAUAGUAAUAUCAUAGCUUAUUAAAAAUAUUGAAGCA